AUGGGUGCAACCAGAGAUUCUGCGGCAGAUGAGAAGAUGUGGAGGUGUGUAGGAAGGAAGUUCAACAGGUUGUCAAUUGCAGCAUGGUCAACAUCAUCAGUUGUAUUGAAAAUUUGUCUGGGUAGGGUGAUCCCAUCAGUAAAAAAACUCAUCGAUGUACUUGAGCCAAUUGUGAGGCACCUGUUGAGCCCUUGGGGAAGCAGGAGAAUAAGUGUAGUUGAAAUCACCCAAUAUGACCCUAUGGCGUGGAGAGAAAGGAAAUAUGGAUGGAAGUUGAGUGCAGAGAGAGGACAAGAUAGAGAAUUUGUCUUGUCUAUUGGGAGGAACAUAGAUAACUGUAAUUACAAAAGAAUCAAAUCGAUUAGUCACAUGAGAGACAGUGCUAGAAAUAAUGUGGCCACAAGGACUAGUAAACGAGUUUCUACAAAAGAUAUCAGAGGAGAAGGAGAUGAGACUGCAGUAGACGGACCAGAAGCUAGUUUUGACUUGAAAUUGAGAGUGAAAAGUGUCUUGCAAUGUCGAGGUUGCAUGCGUUUCUUGAAGUGCAAGCAGAUCUAG